AUGGCGCUGCCGCUACCUCAAUCGCCCAGUCUCCACGCAAUCCUGCUAAUUACCAAGUCGCGCUCGCUGGGACCUCGCCUUGUCUUCCACUACCCACCGCUAUCGCCCUCGGCCGCGGCUCUCGCUGCAGCCAGGGACCCUUCCUGGUACCGCAACGAAGGCUCCACCGCAAGUGUUGAUUCGCAUAGUUCCAACAGCGACUGGGACAGCAGCACGGAAGCUGACGAGAACGAUGACCUGGAACUGGGUAGCCGCACGAGCGGUCGUGGCUCUGGGCGAACAGGCCCCAGCGGAAGCCGAGACAGACUGAAGCUCGGUAUCGGUGGCUGGGGCAGACAAGAGACUAUCGACGAGGAAGACAUCGGUGAUGAAGAGGACGCUGGCGGGCGGCACCGCGGCGGUGACUACGACUGGAACUCGGUCCUCGGCUUCAAGGUUGAUGCGCUUGAAAAGAUACUGACGCCGAGUGAGGAUUACAACAAGAGACGCUUCGAGCUUGGUGUGGAGGGCAUCGUCUUUGUCGGCGCACCCAUGUUUGUCAGGGAAGACGGCCUGUGGAAGAAGCUCAGGCGGAAGAAGAAGAAAAAGUCUGAGCUGCAGAAGAUCGAAGACGGCGAUCUAGUUGGCAAUCUGUCCAUCGCAGAAGAGGACUUCGAACCAGAGCCGUUCAUAUACCCCCCAGGCUUUGAGCCAGGCUAUGGCCACGACUCGCCAUCCGUACCUGGGUCCGUGGCGCCUUCCGAAGCAGGGUCUGACGCUCGUAGCAACUCCACAGCCGGACACGAAGACAGCCCUGAUAUGACCAUGUUCAAUGUUGUGUUCGUGCUGAAUCCUCCUGCUUUGGAACACCAACGAUGUGUCAAGGAGAUGUACGACAACGUGACACGAAAGUAUGCCAAAGCCCUGAAAUACGAGCAAGCCAGGUUUCAGUACGUCUGGAAGGAAUCGAAGCGCAUCAUCGACUUCAAGCAACGUGCGAAAGAGAACGGGGAAUCAAUCAGUGUAACAUGGAGGUACCUUACCGCCACUUCACCAUUGGCUAGGUCGAUAGCCAUAUUGUACGAUGCCAUCUCGAAUGACAAGAUUGCGCACAUCCAUUUUGAUGCUACCUUCAACACAUCCUUUCAGAUACCUCAAGCCAUAUCAACACCAUACUUACCAAGCGCCCUCGAACCGCAGAUGCCCGGCCUGUGGCUUACGACAUCGAACGUUUUGCUAGAUGAGCAGGAAGCACCCAUGACACAGCAUGCAGCUCUUCUCCUGCUCGAGGAUCCUGAGGUCUUGAUCAAAGAUCUGGGCGGCGAGUCAUCUGAGAACGGAGUCGCGAUAGCUGGGUUAAUCCGGAGAAUCAUACCCACAAAGUCUCUGUUUAAGAUCUCAAAGAAGCACAACAUCUCGGCCCAUGACAUGCAGUACAUAGCCUCGCACUUGGUCUACUGGCGGCGCGCUCGGCUGAUCGACCCUCUGUCGCAACGAGAUACCUACAUAGUGUCUCCAAACGCAGACAUGAACUCCCUGCCUGCUGCAGCCGCCUCGUUUGCACGGCAGUUUCCAACUUUGCCAUCGCUGCCGAAAUUCUUGAGUCUACUAUCGGGGACUCCUCGCAUGUACAAGAGCUUCAUUCCCACCUACGAGCACAGAGACACUUACCUCGAAGUACUUGCAUGGCUGAUGCGAGGCGGUUGGGUGACACAGCUGCGAACGUUUGCCUGGAUCCGCGUCACUCCCGAGAUCAAAGCUCACGUAGCAGUAGAAAUGGAGCGAGAAGAGCGGAUGAAAAAGGCCGAAGAAGCGAGGAGAGAGCUGAUGAGCGAGAGCGGUUCGGUAAAUGCAUCGCUGUUCUCUGACAAGCGAUCAAGUUUGCUGUCUGAAAGCACAGCUAGACCACUCACACCGAUGAAGUGGCGUCGAGAUAGGAGCGCCGACACCUUGGAAGAGAUGGAGUCUAGCACAGUACUCAGCCCUCGCAUCACAGCGACAGGCUCUGCCAACUACUACCGAGGUUCGCCGGCCCGCCCAGCCUCAGACGCGGGGAGCAAUAGCAGCCAACGGACCACGAUCGCUCUGAACGCCGCAGGUCGACCCGACUCGCCAUCACAUCUUCUGCCUCACAACAACAACAACAACAACAACAACAACAACAACAACAACAACAACAACAACAACAACAACAACAACAACAACAACAACAACAACAACAACAACAACAACAACAACAACAAGGUGCACAAGCCGAGUCGGCUACACCUCAAACCUACCUCACCAUCGCUCAACGCCGUGAGCUCGCCACCUCUGCCGGUAGAAGAGGAUCUCAUCCCACAGCCGCACCUGUUCAAACCCAGCCUGAUCCUCAGCCCCAAGAAAGCCUCUAGCGUCGAGGCCCGCUGGCUCGAAGCGAUUGGGAAGACGUUUGAAGAGAUCGACCACCACCAUCCUCGACACCCAUCUUAUCCCGUCAACAACCCCAGUCCACCGAAACAUACAGACAGCAUCCUAGGUAUCUCAGGCAAAGAGCUGAAAGAGCAGUGGCCGAUGCUGCAGAAGCAUUUGGACGGUAAACACGCCAUUGAGGAUGUCGCGCCAAGAGAGGGGAUGAAGAGGAAGAGGGUCGCUGUGCUGUUCAAUGCAGUGAGGGAGAAAGGGUGGUUGGUCGUUGUCCGGCAUUGGUAA